GCCGGCCAACAUGGCGACCUUCGUGGAGAUACUGAGGAGCGAGUUCCCGCAGCUGGACGCCGAGCUUUUCCAAUACGUGACUGAUGUCCUGGACAGUGGUAGAUCAGACUUUGAAUCGGAGAAUGAUCUGUUUGAAGCAGUGGGGGAGCUACUACAGGAUGUAUCUGGAGAUACAAAAGAUGACGACGAUAUCAAAGACAUCUGUCAUAGGAUGUACAGAACAAUGCAGUUGGAGAAUCAUAAAGUUCCUUCACAGGACCAGGUGUUACUCGAGGCUCCAAUACAGUUGUCCCAGAUUGCGGAGUAUGAUGUUGACCCACAAAUUUUGAAUGUCUUGCUCAUGAAGAAGGGCCAGACCUCGACUGUUGACGUAAGGAAGCUAGAAAAGGCUGAAGCUAAACUGAAGUCUAAGCAAGAAAAGCGUUUUUUGAACGUGACUCGCAGAAAGGUGGUGGGAAUGUAGUGAUGGAAGAGGCAUCAGCCAGUCAAGCUGCCAGUAAAAAGGAGAAUCGAAUAGAAUCCAGUGGCAAGAAUAAAUCAUAUGACAUUCGAAUUGAGAAUUUCGAUGUGUCCUUUGGAGAAAGAGUCCUGCUCACUGGUGCAGAAUUGCAUUUGGCAACGGGUCGCCGAUAUGGAUUGGUUGGCAGAAACGGUCUGGGUAAAACAACAUUAUUGAAGAUGCUUGCUAGUCGUAGCCUUCGUGUUCCUUCACACAUCAGCAUCCUGCAUGUGGAGCAGGAGGUAGCUGGUGAUGAUACCCCAGCACUGCAAAGUGUAUUGGAGUGUGAUACUUUACGUGAGAGUCUUCUAUGCGAGGAGAAAGAACUGAAUGCAAGGAUCAGUGCUGGGAAGGGUGAUGGUUCAGAGAGUGUACGUUUAUCAGAGAUAUACAGCAAGCUGGAAGAAAUUGAAGCAGACAAAGCACCAGCCAGGUACAGUAUAAUAUUUAUGUUCCCUCUGAAUAUUUUAUAG